AAGCCAUUGGUGGUUUCCAAAUUUCGAAAUCUGUCGAACCUUCUCAAUGGUAGACCCUGUUGAAAUUGAGUUCAAUUAGUAUGUCUUCGAUUUAGACUGAAAGAGCGUUGUCUUAUAUAUAUUUUCCGAGCUUCGCAAUUUUUCUACAACAAUUUUGGCAAAAUACUUGAAGGUACAAAAAUAUUUUAGGUAAUUUUUGUUCGCAGACUGUAGCGAUCCAGGCUUUCCUGGAAGCACGACCGCAGGGAGACGACUUUUCAUUCUAAAUGAAAUAAUAUUUUUUUAAAUAUUAAGAAAACGAAAGCAGCUGUAAGAUAGCUUUUGGUUAUUCAAUUGAUCCUUGAGGUCGAUUUGAUUAGACUCAGCGUUCUACUCUCCAUUCGGUCCAAGUUCCCAUUCGGUGUCUUUAUCGUUACAUAUUUGCGUUGCUGCCAAUGAGUGCUAUAUUUGUCUAGAUUGCAAGCGUAUCAGUCUAUUUAUUAGUCCCAUGUAUAGCGUUCGCAUUAAUACUAGAAGGUAAUUCAACUUCGUCUGCCUUUUUUUUUUUGCGCUAUCUUUUUCCUCUAAUAAUCGGUAGUUUUUCUCCUGCUAAUAAAAGCUAACGUUGGGCUGACUAGAUGGCCGCUGCGACUUGCUGCGGCCCCCAAAAGCAGAGCUGGGGUAUUGCCUAAUAAGAGUUAGCAGAGCCAAAUAUUUUGGGACCCACUGGCUUUAACGUUGACAACAGCUGCAGCAUUCAACAGUCGAUCAUUUGGGCGCUAGGAGUGAUUUGGUCGGCGAUCGCUUUUCACAGAGCCGCCGCCGCCGCCGCCGCCGCCGUCCCUCUGACAGCAAAGCACAGCCUCUGACUCCAACAACCGUUGCUUCACGGUAGUAGAAUGGAACACGGUUCGGUGGAUAACGUUUAACCUAUACCGACAGAAUAAGCGACGCAUAUACUUACGCGGGGAAGAAAUAUACGCGUUAUUUUGCUAAAAGGACGCCGAGUUUUCGUUGCAAGAUAACAUGAAAGCUAGAAAACGGUCAACUGGCAGGCCAUUGUGAAAAAGCCAAAUCAACGGUUUGCUGUUGCUGUUGUUGUCUUCUUGAUGUGGCUUAGCGCCACGCAGUGGGAUUACCGAUUGUCUGUGUUCAUUCUAGACGUUUGCUGACCGGCACUCGUUUGCAGAGAGCGACAGCAGGGUUGCUAUGUCUAUGUCAGUGCAACUGAUCUUAAUAGUGGCAUCUGCUGCCAUCGCGCUUUUUAGAACCGUUCAAAGUGAAACUCAUCUAGCUUCUGAUAGUCUCGGAGUAAGUUAUGAGUUCAAGUUACACGUGGAUGCUGGCCGAGAGGAAUGCUUCUAUCAGUACGUGGAGCAGAAUGCCUCAGUUUACGUCGCCUUUCAGGUGAUCCGUGGUGGGAACGGACGUGCGGCGUUUUCUGUUACGUCCCCAACCGGGCACGUUCUUCUUCCAUAUGACUGGAAACCGUCAGCGGAGUUCGAAGAGCACGAGGCUGCCAUAACAGGACAUUAUCAGCUUUGCAUCGACAACAGUUUAUCUCAUUUUGCAGAAAAGCUUGUUUCGAUUUACUUCAAUUCUUUUAAACGCGACAACUGGAAUGAUUAUAUCGCCGAAAUCGAAAAGCAUGGUCUUACAGUCAGCAAUUUCACGUCGGCGGUGGAGAAGCUAGAGACAAAUCUAAAUGAAAUGGCGAAGUACCAAGAACAUACACGCAACUCCCUUGUGGUUGACUGGUACCUUCUUAAAGGUAACAACUCAUGGGUGCUCUAUUGGUCGAUAUUGCAGUGUGCCGUUAUCGUUCUCGCAACAGCUGGACAAGUUUAUCUCAUCCGGAGUUUCUUUAGCGAUCCACGAGAUUCGGGUGGGAGAAGCAAAACUCGAAUCUGAAUUGCUCUGUUUUCAUCCAAAAGCAUAUAGAAAGCUCAAUUAGCUACAACAACAGACAAUUUGUGGUAGUUAAUAAUGAAAACGUGUGGGAUUUUCAAAUGUGAAAGGGUGCUCGUUAACUGGACUUAAUGAGACAGACCUGUUGGUCUGGGUCAGGGUGAUUCAGCAACAUAAUUAUAACAUAGAUCGAGAGUGAUGUGAUGGAUUGUAUCCCAUCUGGAUAUGUGCCCUGGCACCCUUUUAACACAGUAUAAGAGAAAAUCGCAUUUCGUUAUGUAUAGUGUACCCUUGUACUUCGUAUUUAAAUAUUUUUGCCUGUACAGUAAGAAAGCAACAUUCCUGGGGCUAAUAUUUUCUAGCUAGAAUUCGUAAGCAAUUCAAAAUCUAAAAUUAUUCUAUAUCUUCGGGCCUACAGAGGGCAUUUAUAGUUAUCCGACCUGUUUCUAUAAAGGUUUAUAUUGUUAAACUUCAGUAAAUCGACGAUACAUUUUUUUUAAAUGAGUGUGCCUAUAUACAUCCAUAUAGAUGAAGUACUAGUAUAUAAUAAGAAUGCAUAGAUGCAUAGACGUCGUUGAUAUCAGACAAUUAAGUGAUGCACGAAAGAUGCAGAGACUUUGUUUAUUGACACCAGAGGGCCGCAAGAACGGAGCAGCUGUGUAACGAGUAGCAAUCUGAUGCUUUAUUGUCAUGUAGGACUUCGAUGGUGAUAAAAUGCUACGUUUUCUUUGCUGAGAAUCCAUUUGCCGAUAUGCAGCCAAAAAACAGAAAAUGCAUGCCGCAAUGUCUUCGCGCGGUUUGUCUCUCUCAUUUGUUAACAGGUCUUUGUAGUUGUUAACGUGCAAGGUCUCUGUGUUUUUGCAUCCGAGAGCCAAGCUAUUGUUCUGGAGAUAUCUGUACAACAAUCAUACUGACAUUAAGUAUAAUACGUAUGCUGAAGUAAGAAAAAAGCGUUUUUUUUUUUCAUAAAAUAGUCAUUUUCUGAUAAUUGAUUAAAUGCAUAUAACCGUGAAUUUUUUUUUAAAAAAACAUGUGCAAAUAUUACCUGUAAUUCAAAUUUCGUUUUUUUUUUACAAUUACGUAUUUUAAAGUAAUCUAUAUAGCGACGCUUCUAAUAGCGAUGAUAGAAUAAAAGGUCUAUUCUGAUAUCAAACUGUCAGGGAAGCAUUACUAAAUCGUGGUUGUGCAAUAAUCAUAGAGUUCGUGAUGAAUGCUGUCAAAAAUGGCAUGUUAUUCGAUGACUUUCAUGGGAACAGCUGGAAACUACCACGCGUUCGCAUAUCCCUCUUCCAGUGUCUCUACGUUUUCUCAAUACAAAUAUCAUUUUCUCCUGUUCAAUGUCCUCACGAACUAGACUGGGGCUUUCAUGUAUUUUUUGCAAAAAUGUAAAUACCAAAUUCUGCCCAAGGUUUCCUCCUUCAAAAACUAAAUCUCUCUAAGAUGCAAACCUUAGAGAGAUUUGGUUACCUUUUAUAUUCGUUUUACUUCAUUUAAUCUUGUCACUUCUCAAUAUUUUUGGAGUAAUCGCGUCAUUACCAAGUUAGUUUUUCAAUCAAUAAUUUGUGCUGUUCGAAGUUCUUUUUAACAGUACAAAUGUUUGAGUUUCUUUUUCCUUUAUAUGUGACUUGAACAAAUAGCAUUUUUAUAAAUACUUGACUGUCUAUGAACAAUCUUUUUAUCAACAAGUCCCUUAUGGUAAGAUGCAGGCGAUGUUCUGGUACCGCUUAAUAAAAGCCCUAUUGCUAAGAAAAUGCUGCCUAAUACUGAUGAAGGCUGUUAUAUGCGUUAUUGAAAUGGUGGAUAAUGCGUUUCCUUUAUAGUAGUUAUAACUAAAUAUUAAAUUUGAAUGAAAUGAAUGGCUUCGCAAAUGUAAACUAAUAUACUAUAAAAAGGGUGUUACAUUGCAAAAAUGUAGAAGUGUUCUCGCAAGUAGUCACAAAAAGUGAGCGAUGUCGGGGUUAUUUACUAAAAAUGCUAUAUUCGUAGAAUAAAUACAUCCUAAUAAGUGUUCUAGCGUUUUUUUUAGUAAAGUAUGAACUUUUCUCGUACCGUUCGCAAACAAUUGAUUAAAACGUCGGUCCCGGUACGAAAGAAAAAAUUGAAUUUGCAACACCUAUACAGCGCUUUACUAGUCAGUGAGCUUCCACCUGGAUGGUUGGCGAGCUAUGCGUAGACUCUAUGCUUUGUUUUCUGACGACUGCUUUUUUGAGGAGCUCCAUAUAAUGUUUGUACACGAGUUGAACCGGCUUUCAGCGAUCACAUAGAUGGAUGACCUGGAUGAGGUGCUUCAUUUUUUUUGCACUCUGAAAUAUCGAUUCACGCCACUCUUUUAUUACUGUAGAGUCCAACGUAAAAAUGAGAUGAACCAUGGACCGGUAAAAUCUGCUAGUAACAAUCAUUAAGUAAAUGUAGCAGAAAAAGUUUGAAACAAACCUAGUUCACCACCUAAACUGUCGUUGAGCAGAGUGAAUAUCUCAAGCAUAACCAUCUAAUGAGGACAGCUCUUCUGUGGCUAACGAAAGUCAUAGAGAUGACCUGUGUUUUAAUAAAAAAACGUAUUUUGCCUAAUAUGCUACGGAUAGUAACAUUAACGAAAAAAAAUUAGCAUCUAAUUUAUUUCGUAUUCAAUGCUAACUUUUAAUACUGAUAUUAAAAUACACGAGAGUAUCUUUCUAAAUUACUAU